AGACUCUAAAGUGUUUGAAUGAAAAGUUCAUCAAUAGAUAACGCAGUAACCCGCUGAGCAACACACUUGGCUUCGAGAUACUGAUCAGUCCAGAAUAAUUGUAUUUCAGUGUCUUACUUAAGUAGAUCAGCGUCCUCGUGCUUAACAGAAAUGGUGUUGAUGUUAGACAAUAUGUUCCAUCCCUGAGACGCAACAUUUCCACCCUUAUCCAACUCCAGUUUUUCCUUUCAUCUCAAAUGCAGUGGCAGUGUUCCAUCACCUGAGAUCUGCUUGUGAUACUUGGCUUCCGUUGAGCAUUUCACAUUCCUCGGUUAUACUGCCGUUAUGCCGUUUCAUACAAAACACGCACUUGUUGGUUCGCCAUUGGUGAUGUCAUUCUCUGAUAGUUUUUCUCUGAAUUGAAACAGAAAGUUCCACAAAAAAUGCCUGCAAUAAAGGUCAGCAAUAUUUAGUGUUCAUUGUUUGUGCUGCGGCUUACUUCCAUAAAGUCAUAAGGAUUGAAGUUAGCUUACUGUUGUUUCGUGUCCGCUACUAUUGACUUGCCCUGAAAGGAUAACUGCAAGCAGCUAAAGCCUGAUUCUGCAGGAAGUGUAGCAAUGAAUAUGGUUCUAAGUUCCAACUGUUCCCCGGGUCAUGUUUUCCUUUCUGAUUAUGUGAAUGAGUUGUUUAUUUUCAUUUUGGCAGACAUACAUGGAGGCUGACAAAUCAAUAAGCUAACUAACAGGCUCCGCCUCUUGCAAAUAGUUUCUUGAUGAGCUCCUUAGUGAGAGUGUAAAGGAAAGGUGCCUCUCACAUGUCACACUGGACGGGACGCAGAGGUGCUUGGAGUCUGUAACUGGUACUGAGUGCAGCUGUUGCAACACUGUAAGGACCUUGUUUAAGGAUGGACUCUGACUCUGAUGUCCCUGGAUACAGCGAUGCAGUAUGUACCCUGAACACACUGCAGACAAACGCCAGCGCCCUGGAGCAGGUGCGACGAGAGCGCAGUCACCCGCAGCAGCAGCUCCAAGCUAUGGAAGGCUUUUUGGAGCGAGCUGGUCUCACGGUGAAGGAACUGGACCAUCUCAAUAUCAUUCAUGUGACCGGGACAAAGGGCAAGGGGUCAACUUGUGCGUUCACUGAGCAAAUUUUGAGAAGUUACGGCUUCAGAACCGGAUUUUACAGCUCUCCACAUUUGGUUCAAGUCAGGGAGAGGAUUCGUAUCAAUGGGCAGCCAAUCGGGAAAGAGCUUUUCACCAAAUACUUCUGGCAGGUCUAUGGGCGACUGGAUGAAACCAAGGAUGCGCACGAGGGGACGAUGCCUGCAUACUUUCGUUUCCUCACCAUCUUGGCCUUCCAUGUCUUCUUGCAAGAGAAGGUGGAUUUGGCUGUGAUCGAAGUGGGGAUUGGCGGAGCUUACGACUGUACUAACAUCAUCAGGAGGCCGUGGGUCUGUGGCAUCUCCUCCCUGGGAAUAGACCACACUCAGAUUCUUGGGGACACUAUUGAAAAGAUUGCCUGGCAGAAAGGAGGCAUCUUCAAGCCGGGAGUCCCAGCUUUUACUGUCAGACAGCCGGAAGAGGCAAUGGCUGUGCUCAAGGACCGGGCUGUGGAAAGGAGGUGUUCGUUGUCAUUGUGCCCGGAUUUGGAGAACUACCCCUCAGACUGCGGGCCUUUGAGACUUGGACUUGCUGGACAGCAUCAACGACCCAACGCCUCCCUGGCUCUGCAGCUGAGCCACACGUGGUUGCAGAGAAGAUGUUUAGCAGGUCAAUUCAUUCCUUCAGUCAAUGUGGAGAACUCGGGAACACUGGAGGCAACAGCCUUCACACCCAGCCCCAUCAUGGUGAGAGGACUAGCAGAUACGGAGUGGCCUGGAAGGAACCAGACUCUGAAACAUGAUUCCGUCACUUAUUUCCUGGACGGUGCUCACACCAAGCGCAGCAUGCUGGCCUGUGUCAACUGGUUUAAGGAGACGGCUGCUCAGCAUGAGAGGAAGGCGAGUGGUUCAGUGGCUCGAGUGUUGCUGUUUAAUGCUACUGGAGAUCGAGACGCUGCUGCCAUGUUGAAGCUUCUACAGCCAUGUCACUUUGACUUUGCCGUGUUCUGCCCAAACAUUACCGAAGCGAUCCCGUCUUGCAGCGCAGACCAGCAAAACUUCAACGUCUCUGUUGAAAACAUGUUGACACGCUGCCUGGACAAUGAGCGGAGCUGGCGUCUUCAGAACAAGUCUGAGGAGAACAUUGGUGCAUUGCUUAUAAAGGACGGUUUGUCUCUGAUCCCCGAAAAGAAAGCGGAGACCAUGGUCUUUCCUUGCAUCCUCAGCGCCCUCCAGUGGAUUACACAGGGUCGAGAUUCUGUGCUGGCAGGCCCUGCCAAGAAAGACCUGCUGGUGAAGCCUAGUAUUGCAGCCAAAGCUGCUGCGCUUUGUGAAGCGACUGAAAUCCACAUCCUUGUCACUGGUAGCCUCCACUUAGUGGGAGGAGUACUGAAGCACCUUGAUCCAACAUCUUCCAUGUAAAAAGAUCUAUUGUUUGAAACUGAAGUUGUCUUAAAGGUUAGUAUCAGUCUUGGCUUUGUGUAAUAGUCUACCAUCAUGAAUUGUUUUUAAAUGUUUCCGCACUUGAGAACUGUGCUAGUUUGGACCGAACCAGCUCCUCACCGGACUCUGCUUUGUCACCUUCAGCCUUAUACAAAGUCAUGUAUUCUGUCUACUUGAAGCCGAAUAUGUUUACAUGGACUUGGCAAUGGUGCAGUUGUGCACCAUGAUGUGGGUCAGUGAUCCGAUUCGUGCAUUCGUAUAUAGAUUUAUAAAGGGCUCAACUCAGUUUGAAGCUUUCUACUCUGUAAUCUGAUGAUGGUUAAUGUUGUACAUAAGUGGUUUUCACUGGGUGUAUAAUUUUGUAUUAAUCUGACAACAAUCGCUGCUUGAUGAAAACCUUUCAGUGCAGUUUUUAAUCCCAACCUUUUGUUUAGUGUAAAAUACUACGUUGUUCUUUGGUCUUUUUCUUCUGUCUUGUUUGAGCCUCACUGGGAUACUUUUCUUGGUAUCCUUGCGUAAAUACACUACUACUGACUAGAGUAAAUUAUUAAUUUAAAACGAUUACCAUAUUUAUAGACAGCCUUUGGCUGUACUAGAUUGUCAGAAAGUAAUUGGUUUCUGUUGACUUUUGAGCAUGUCAUAGUCUAUGUGAACCCAAAUGCACUUAAAUCCACCUUCUCACAUGUGGUAAAGCUUGUGAGAUUUCAUCGGAAUCUUACAUUUAAGAUUCCGAUGAAAUCUUAAAUGUAAAUUUGAUAAAUAUGUUGAAUACUGAUAGUGUGUCUCACUUUAAAUCUCCACCCUGUUUGUCAUCACCUUGAGGACUAAACCACACCCACCAUAACUGCCCUGGAGAAUGACCAGCAUGUGCUGCACCCACAAGGCCCUGUUUCACCUGCACUAUUGAUCAAGUUUAUAUUUGAAUUAAAAAAUCUGCUCUACUCUGA